AUGAGCGCUCCAGCCGUCAUGUUCUGCUCUUUUUCCCAAUUGCAUAAUUGGACUCAUAGUGAGUCCCGCAUUGCUCAAUGCGUAUACAUCAAACCUGGAAACAGCUCGUGCAAACGCCACAUCAGUCGACAAAAUCGCGACUUUGCAAAAUCUCUUCUUGUCACUGUUUCCAAAAGCGCUACUCCAUCGUUUGAGGUUUUUGGAGAGCUUGCAAAAUUUGUCAUUUGUAGCAGCCACGCGAAGUAUGCUGUUGAAGCCAAGGAGCAGUGGUACAAGGAGCACAAUUCUGGGAAGGGUUGCAUUUCUGUCCAAGUGGAUGCUUGCCACCCUGGUGAAAAUGAUGUUUCGCUCAAUGGAAUCAUAGAUAUCUCCAGCUACAUUGAGCUCCCAGACAGUUACUCGGCUGAAAAUGCUUCUCUGCCUGCGCAACCACCACCAGCAACACGAACUUUUCCGACUCCUGACAGGAGCGAGGAAGAGAUAGCCAAGACGGUAACUCAAAAGGUGGAGCAGCCACUUGGGACAUUGGACAAGGUGUAUGGACAUGUCUAUAUCUGCUCGUCUCCGAGCUUUCCAGGACUGUUCAAAGUUGGUUACACACAGCCCGAUCCCAAGCAGCAACGUUUCAAGGAUCACAAGGUCUGCUAUCCGGAUAUGGAAGAGGUCAAAACAGCAUUUAUUUACAACGCCCAUCGGGUGGAAAAACUCAUCCAUGCGGAAUUCUCUCAUGUACGCUGUGAUCUUGUAUGCCAGGGAAAACAUUCGUCGCAUAAAGAGUGGUUCCAGAUCGAUAAGGAGACACUUCUGGCAAGUCUGGAGAAAUGGACUGAGUUCGUCAAAACCCACCCAUACAACAGCCAAGGCAAUUUGAAACGAAACGUAACUUUGCCCGAACCAGCCUCGGCGAUCUACCUUCGCUGCCCGCGUUGUCGGUCGUCUCCAUGUUCUACUCCGCCGAGAAAAGCUGGAUCCGACGAGAAGAAGCGCCGCGAAUCUUCCAAACUCGGCUCCCCUUCUCCCCCAGCGAGGAACUUCAGAGUCUCAGCUUCUACAUGCAUGAGCUCGGAGAAGACUGAGCCAAAAACGGAGACGGAUUCUGAUGAUGAGCCAGUCUCAUUCUUAGCUUCAAAGGUUCGCCGGUCCUUAAAGAUGCAUGAUUGA